AUGUUUACGGGAAAUGAGGAAAAGAGCCCAUUCGAUGAAGUCAUAAUAACUGGCUUGGGGAGCGCCACCAAAAUUGCAAUUGGUGCAGCGUCCAUAAUGGAAAAGGAAGACAUAGGACAAAUCAUAAAAAUUGAAACGGCCUACUUUAGCUCCGAUCGAAUCAACAGGAGGAUUCCGAAAAUAACGAUCAUUCUGAAGAAGCACCCAGAUUUUGUCCCAAGUUAA